UUGACAUUGACAUAACAUGUCUUUGAUAGAAAUUAUAACCUCAAAGGUUCUGAAUAGGUAGUCGAUUUGUUUUGUUUAAAUUUCAAUUUUACCUCUUCCAUUAAUUUUGCGUGUUUAGCAAUACAAUUACAAUGGCAAGUAGCAGACUAGAAAGAAUUGGAACUAUACUGACGAGGGUGGAAGGACUUCUAAAACAUGGAGGAAUGAAACCUGACGAUAGACCAUUGUGGUUCGACAUUUACAGGGCUUUCCCACCCAUAGCGGAACCCAAAUUCGCCAGGCCAAAACCAGACAUCAAACCCAUCAGACAAAUUCUCUAUAAAGAAGAUGUUAUUAGAGCGGAGUUUCACUCCAAAGGUUUUGGUACAGGAGCAGUGAACAUGCUCAGCUCAACUGGAGAGACACAAACAAAGCGGCUACUGCAACAGUAUGACAAGCUAAAAUCCGAAGGAAUACCUCAAGAUGAACUAAUAGAAAAAUCCGCGGCAACCGUCGAGACUGAAAGGCAAGACGCCAUCGCGGCUAAGUCGAGUAAGCUCGUCACAAAGAACCCAGAGUCGAUUACCUCCAAAGUACUUGCUGAAGCAGAUUUAAAAAAUAUCUUUAAAGAGAAAUAAACUAGCGUAAAUAUAUUAUUAGAUUGUACUUAGAUUUAUUAUAAUAAUUAUAGAAUGUUUCUGUCA